UUGUACUUUAACCUACCGGCUCCUCCAAGUCCUCAUUCGGGUGGUCGGGUGUUUGAUGCUUCUCUGAAACUCCUUGAGCUGAAUCGGCCCCACGCGACUCCCAGUUCACCAUGUCCAGGCAGGUGGUGAGGUCCAGUAAGUUCCGUCACGUCUUCGGCCAGGCCGUGAAAACGGACCAAUGCUACGAUGACAUCCGAAUCUCCCAGAUGACGUGGGACAGCAACUUCUGCUCCGUUAACCCCAAGUUUGUGGCCAUGAUUGUGGACGCCAGUGGUGGAGGAUCCUUCAUGGUGUUGCCCCUGAGCAAGUCCGGACGCGUCGACAUGUCCUACCCGACCGUGUGCGGCCACACGGGGCCGGUCCUGGACAUCGAGUUCUGUCCUCACAACGAUAACAUCAUUGCCAGUGGCUCUGAGGACUGCAGCGUCAUGAUUUGGGAGAUCCCGGAAGGCGGGCUGACCUCGCCUCUCACGGAUCCUGUGGUCAAGCUGGACGGACACUCCAAGCGCGUUGGCAUCCUGAGCUGGCACCCCACCGCCCACAACGUGCUGCUGAGUGCAGGCUGCGAUAACGUGGUGAUCCUGUGGAACGUUGCUCGUGGGGAGGAAGUGGUGAGGAUCGACAGCGUUCACACCGACCUCAUCUACAGCGCCUGCUGGAACCGGGACGGAUCCAAGAUUCUCACUUCCUGCAAGGACAAGACCAUGCGAGUGCUGGACCCACGCAAGGGCACCGUCCUCAUUGAGAAGGAGAAGCCUCACGAGGGCUCCAGGCCGACUCGGGCUGUGUUCGUGUCCGACGGGAAGAUCCUCAGUACCGGCUUCAGUCGCAUGAGUGAGAGGCAGGUGGCGCUGUGGGACCCAAAUAACUUCGAGGAGCCUCUGACCCUGCAGGAACUGGACACCAGCAGUGGCGUCCUUUUGCCAUUUUUUGACCCAGACACUGGCAUCGUCUACCUCUGUGGCAAGGGGGACAGCAGUAUCCGUUACUUUGAGAUCACAGAUGAAGCCCCUUAUGUCCACUACCUGUCCAUGUACAGCAGCAAGGAGAGCCAGAAGGGGAUGGGCUGCAUGCCCAAGAGGGGCCUGGAGAUCAACAAGUGUGAAAUCACCAGGUUCUACAGACUCCAUGAGAGGAAAUGUGAGCCGGUCGUCAUGACGGUGCCACGCAAGUCCGACCUGUUCCAGGAGGAUCUGUACCCAGACACCAUCGGCCCUGAGCCUUCGGUCGAAGCCGACGACUGGUUUGAAGGAAAAGAUGGCCAGCCCAUCCUGAUCUCUCUGAAGGACGGCUUCGUCGCAACCACCAAAGCCAAAGAGUUCAAAGUUCACAAGCGUCUCCUGAAGACCACAACGGCUUCUGUUGGGAAUCGACAGGAUAACAGCGGGGAGGUGCAGUCCUUGAGAAAGGAGGUGAAAGACCUCAACGCAGCAAUAGAGGAGCUGACCAAGCGCGUGAAGGCGCUGGAGAGCAAGCAUUAAACUAGAGACGAAUAAAUCCAGAGUAGAAGUUAAGAGAGAAACAAUGGAGCAAAGAAAGACAAUAAGAGAAGAGAUAGCUGUUGUAAAUCUGAUUGUAGAGAGAAGUUUACAGUUGUUUUGUUUUGUUUGGCUUGAAUUUGUUUAUUUGCUUUGUCUGCUCAAUAAAAAAUAAAAAUCCUAUUUUAAUAUAUGCGUUUAGUUUGGAAUAAAAUCCUCUGUAUUUUCAAAAUACUGUUGACUUUUUUGUGAAAUAAAAUACACAUGAAACACA